AUAUCACGUCAUAGUAGACUUGGUGCUACUAUGAGUAUAGGUAUACCAUUAGGAAUUACUCUUAAAAUUAAAUUAAAUCGAGGAAACCAGACGUAUAGUUUUCCUGUGCACUUAUCAGAUGAAAUAAAUCCUGUAGCUAUAUUCUAUGGAACCAUUGUACCAAUCACAGCAUUUGUACUUGUCAAGGCAUUCAUAGUCACACCAUACCUUAAACGACAGAAGGAAAAAGAUGCCGAGAAACAAAGGGAAAGUCAGAAAGAAAGACAAACACAGAGAAAACGAGAAGCUGAGACAGAGGUAAGAUAAUACAAGUGAUAU